AUGCAGGGUGACGACCCACCUUUCUUGCCUGUGGGUACAGAUGUUAGUGCAAAGUAUAAAGGUGCCUUCUGUGAGGCUAAGAUAAAGAAAGUUGUGAGGAACAUUAAGUGUAAGGUGACUUUAAAGGCUGGUGGUGGUACUAUCACAGUGAAUGAUGAUGUGAUCAAGGGUACCUUAAGGGUUGGGAGCAUAGUGGAAGUGAAACAAGAUCCCAAGAAAGAUGCCAUGGAAGCUGUCAUCACAAAGAUACAAGAUUGUAGCCAGUAUACAGUUGUAUUUGACGAUGGAGACAUAACUACAUUGCGACGGUCAGCGUUAUGUCUGAAGAGUGGCCGGCAUUUCAAUGAGAGUGAAACCUUAGACCAGCUGCCAUUAACACAUCCAGAACACUUCUCUACCCCAGUAAUAGCUGGGCGAAGGGGAAGACGCGGAAGAGCACAGUCUGAGGAGAGUGAAGGAUCUGGUUCUGGUCGUCGCGUGAAAGCAGACGUAGAGCCGCACGUGGGUCGCGUGGUGCUGGUGGAGGCGGGGGGCGGGGCGGAGCGCCGCCGUCCCCACCAACCUGCCUUCCCCGCCCUCGUCGUCGCACCCACGGCACAGAUCAAAGUCAAAGAGGACUAUCUCGUACGCUCCUUCAAAGAUGGCAGAUAUUACACAGUGCCUAAGAAGGAAGCGCGCGAGUUCCGCAAGGGCAGCGCUCCACUGGAGUGGGCCGGUGUGGACGCAGCCUUACAAUACCUGAACAACGCAGUGCUGCCCCCGCACUGGGACAGAGAUGCACUCUUCAAUGAACCGAGAAACACUUCUGAUGACAGUUCAGACGAUGAGCCACGGGAAGAGAAGGAUCACUUCGUGGCACAGCUGUACAAGUUCAUGGACGAGCGAGGCACACCUCUCAACAGGAACCCCACCAUCGCCAACAAGGAUAUUGACCUGUACAGACUGUUCAAGGUAGUAGAAAAGUUAGGUGGUUACAACAGAGUGACAAAUCAAAACCAAUGGAAAACAAUCGCGGAUAAGAUGGGCUUCCACCCGGUCACCACCAGCAUCACGAACCUAUGCAAACAAGCUUAUAAGAAGUUCCUGCACAGCUACGAGGACUUCUACCGCAAGUUGGGCGUGACGCUGGUGGCGCACCCCCGCGGCGCGCGCACGCCGCCGGCCGGCCGCUCGCUCAUACGGGACCGGGACCGCCAGCCGCCCGCCUCCUCCUCGAACUGUUCUACUCCGACACCACCCGCGCAGGGUCCUUCUACUUCCACGUCCACUCAGCGAGGCAAAGACAAAGAUUCAGAUAAAAGUGAAACGGAUAAGAGCGAAAAAAGUGAGAAAGAGGAAAAGCCGGAGAAACCAGAGAAAGUGAAGGAGAAGCCUCGCACCAGUGACGGAGAGGACAGCGCAGACAACCAGCCACUGAUUGUUACUGCACCGAAAAUAGAUAAAGAAAAAGAAAGGGAAAAGGAAAAGGAGAAAGAGAAAGAAAAGGAGAAGGAAAAGGAAAAAGAGAAGGAGAAAGAACGUGAAAAGGAGAAGGAAAAAGAAAAAGAUAGUAAGGAGAAGAGUUCAGCUUCUACUAGCACUAGCGAGGAGAAAGAGAAAGUAGUAGUGAAACCUCGGUCGCAGUCUAAAGGACGAACUAUCACGCCUGUGAAGACGGAGAGCCAUGAGAAACGGACGCCGAAGCGACGCCCCCUAUCUUCCAAGAGUGAAGGUGUUAGUGCGGGCACUUCCCGAGCGUCUCGUCGGCCGCACGCUUCUACUGACAGCGACAGCUCUGGGCGCGCUUCUAGAUGCGGGCCUAUAAAGAAGAUGCAGAGUCGUCGCAGCCAGAGCGCGAACUCUGCCAGUAGCGGCAACACUAUAGCCUCCAACAGCAGCAAGCGACCGCGGAAGAGGAAGAACACCGAACCAACCAAUGAACCAACGCCGCGCUCCGGAGUAUCGAAUGUGAAAGCACAAGUGGGAGACAAGUUGAAAGUGUACUACGGACCCACCCAGUCCGAAUCGAAGGUGACGUACGAGGCGAAGGUGAUCGACAAGUCGGCGACGGGUGACUUGCUCCGCGUGCACUACCUGGGCUGGAACACGCGCUACGACGAGUGGAUCAAACCACAACGCAUCGCACUCAACGUCACGCAACACGAGCAAAGGAACAAAAAAGGUUCUGGUAUGAGCAGGCGUGUUCGGAGCAAAAGGACUGAAGAGUCGUCGGCACGGUCAGACUCCGAUAGUUCCGAAAGUGACGACGACGUCAAGAGACCACCUAAGAAGUCCGACGAUAAAUCUAGUAGUUCUAAGACUCCAUCGAGAUCUAAAGACGUGAAGUCAAGUGACAGUAAUGGUUCAAACAAGCCACGCAAACGGCCAGUGAGGACAGUGUCCACUCCUACUUCAGUGUCUCCGGCCAAGAAACCACGGCCUAACGCACCCGGCCAUCAAGGCAGAGACUACGAUCUUAAUGAAAUACGCUCCGAGCUCAAAGGGCUACAAACUGUCAAACAGGAGCCCGAAGAUAUCAAGCAAGAAUCCGCCGACACUGACGAGGCCACUCCCUCGCAAUCCACUGCACCACCUCCCGAGCCCAUGCAACAAGACAAACAGCCCGAAGACGUCUACGAGUUCAAAGAACCAGAACCCUUCGAGCUAGAACUGCACGACGAAAAGAAAAAGCGCACCCAUCGUAUAUUCGACGACAUUUCACCCAGCAAAUACACGUCUACAUUAUCCAAGUCACUCAGUGAAGAAAUUUCCGAAGAUCCCAUGCGGCCUCGGCCGUCAUCCCUCAGGUCACCUUCCUUGUCUCCCUUCAGAGACUUCGGCGUCACCAGAGAUGUGAACCGUCAGAGUCCCGAGGAUGACUCCAAAGAUGGUCUGUUCUCGCUCGAUGAUGACUCAUUCCCUGGCGAUGGUAGUUCAGGACCGACAUUUGAGGGAUUCACUCCAGCUAAGAAUCAAGAAACAUAUUCGAAGAAAAGCAAAGUAUCUAAAUUGAGAGAACUUAUUGAUGACUCUCCUGACAGCCCAGCAGAUGACGAACAGUCAUCAGAUGAUGAACCAGAAGAUAUCCCUGUAAAGGAGGAAGCAAGAGAGCCUACACCCACGUUACCAGUGGUUGAAGAACCCAAGACUCCAGAAACUCCCGUGAAAGAUGAACCCCUGGAGCCUGAAAUUGUAGUCCCAAUCAAAGAAAUAGUAACAGACGAGAAGGAUGAUAAAGAACAUAAAGAGCCUAAAGAGGUUAUUCCCGAACCGCCCAAAACUCCUCCACCGCAAAAGAAACCAGAUUCACCACCACCCAAACCGACGGUGACGCCCACUGCGAGCAUUACCAUCACGCCGCCAACUAUUACUGUCACUGCAGCCCCGACUCCCGAACCUGUUGUUGACAACGUAGAGAAGGCAAAGAAGGAAGAACCUGUCAAUCCUCCCCCUGUUGUUGUUACUCCCCCUCAACAACCAAAAGAAAAUCCGCUCAAACUAAAAAUUGACAAGAAAUUGGAUCCGGUUCCCAUAGAGCCAGGUAUAUUGAAAAUGCAACCGCCAGCGAGCCCUCUAAUGGAUACCGAAGAAGAUAAGUCCGAGCCGGACAGUCCGGCACGGAUUGACGUGCUGCCGGAGCCACCACCAGGAUUCUUGCUCCAAUCCGAGGGACCAAAGAUAGCUGAGAAACUUUUGAAAGCUAUCAGCAGCGCUAAGCGUCUCUCAAUGUCUCCUCCGCCCUUGGAGGAUCGUCCAGUCACACCCAAGAUGGACGCAAUCAAACCGAUUAAACCAGAGCACAAGCUCUCGCCCGUGAUGAGUAAUGAGCCAAAGUCGCUGAAACCAGAAGCAAUCAAACCAACACUGAAACCUGAACCAAUAAAGAAGGUGACACCACCAGAGCCUGCCGAGAUAUACGGCGAGUCUUCCAAUAUAGUGGAGGUGAAGCGUGACGUGCUGGAGGUGAAGAAACCGAAAAUUGAGGAAGCGGUGGCGCCGCGGCUGCACUCCCCGCUGAGCUGCCUCGAGCGGCGCAGCAGCGUGGCGGAGCUGGCCGGGUCCGGCGUGCCCGGCGCGGCCGGCGUGCCCGGGUGUGGCGUGCCCGGCGUGGCCGUGGCGCCCAGCGUGCCCGGGGUGCCCGGCGUGCCCGGCAAGAACAACAAGGUGCUCAGUGACACCAUCCAGAAGCUGUCGAGCCAGAUCAACCAGUCCGCCGCCGCCGUGGCUGCCACCGUGCCGCUACCCUUCCCCAGCGACGAGCGCACCGACUCUAGCGACUCGGACGACUCCGACAGGAGAUUAAUAAUCGACAAGUUAGUAGUAGACGAGUGGGGCAGUAGCGAGCGGUCGUCUCCAGCUCAGUCUACCCACACCCACAGCCUGGCCCCGCUGGCCCCCCACGCCCUGCCCCCGCUGGGGUCGCUGGGGUCGCUGGGUGCGAUGCCCCCCAGUACGUCGCUAGCGCUGGGUGCACGCUCGCUGCACGCAGGGAAGUCUCCAGGCGAGUGGAGCGCCGGGGAGUCUUUACUUAUGCUCGAAGAUGCGUGCAAGAACGAGCGGAAACAUAGCGCGAGUGUAGUAGUGGCGGGCGGGCCGCGCGAGGUGCGCGAGUCCCGCGAGGCCCGCGAGGCGCGCGAGGAGGACGGCAGUAUCUCUCUGCUACUGUGCUCGGAGACUAUCCCGGGCUCGCCCGCGCCGGACGCCGAGCCUGCGCCCCCGAGACAACGACUGCAUAUGCCCUUCGCAUCUGCACCACCGCAUCAUCACGACGCCCGACAGCAGCCUCGACGCCUCGCCGCCACACAGGGAGCGCCGUAUAUCAGAACGAGACAGUCCUUCGGAACGGAAGGACGACGAAGACGACAGCAGAAUGAACGACGUUUCAGGACUCGACAUAGAGAAGCCGCACGGUGCGCGGUCGCGCAAGGCGUCGGAGAGCUCGGGCGCGGGCACGCGCGGGCGCGGGCGGCGCACGCGGCGCGACACGGACGACGCGCCGCACUCCGCGCAUGCGCACCACGCACCGCACUCGCACCACACGCCGAUGAAGUACAACUUCUAUGUCGAAUUAGAUCCAACCUGGGACUGCUCAACUCGCAUCAACGUAUUGACAACGCGACUAGCGGAUCUGCGCAAAGCGUACCAUUCAGUCAAAGCUGA